UGACAGCGGGGCAAAAAAGCAGAGCGAGGCACGAAAGACUGUCCUACAGCUUUAUAAGGCCAGACUGAUCUCCUGGACUCACAAUCAACUGGACCAGCAUUAAGCUUUGAAGAAGGAAUUACCACCAGCAUGCAGCACUACAAUCAAACUAUAAGCAUAUUGUGCCUUUUGGCUUUGCUUUUCACACUGCACCAGGCCUCCAGUGCACCAACAUUAACCUUUAAAGCCACAUCAGCUAUCGAGCAUUCAGACAAGGUACUGAACCGUAAAGCUCGCAUGACUCCACUGUGGAGAAUCUUGGCCAGUAAACCACAUGGUGCUUACUGUCAUGACCAUAUGGAAUGCUCUACAGGACUCUGCAGGAACGGUUUUUGCUCUUUUGACGUACCUGUUCAGUCCUAGUGGAUUAGAAGUUUACAAGAAUUUUGCUGUUGAUGUCGUGUCAAACUUAAUAACAAAUACAAAGGAAGGUACAUUAAAUGGAAGCAAGACAGAUUUAUUCAUUCUUUUUAAUUGAAUUGUUAUGUAAGGACAGCACAAUAUUGUGCACUUUUAAUUACAAAUAUAUAAGCUGUGUAAUUGUUACUGUGCAAAUUAUGAGCUUAAGUUUAAAUAAAUCUAGAGGUAAUAUUCAUAUGCCAUAUGUAAAUAUGUAAAUAUUCAUUUUUUUUUACUAAAAUCAUAUGUUUAAUAUAAAAAAAUAUAAUGCACAGUGAUACAAAAAGAGGAAAUGUUAAUGUCUGUGUAUUACACAUUGUAAAUUAUUGUAAAUUUAUUAUUAAUGUAUCUAUAUAUGCACUUAUACAGAACAUACUCUUAAAAGUUUAGAGUACAUUCAAGAUGCAUUUUAGGUUUAUUUUUUUUAUUUAAUAAGUUGAGAAAAAAACUACAGUUAAUCAAUUUAAUCUCAAAUGUACUGUGUUCCGCAAUGUUCUUAUCUGAAAUGCCUCUUUAACUUUUUUAUGAAGUCUAAAGUGUUUUCUAAAUGUAAAGCAUUUAAGACAAAUCAUAAACUUUCUUAAUUUCAUUAAGAAAUGUGAUAUAUUUAUAUAGUGUGUUUUGUUAUUGCCUACACCUGAAAGAGUGAAUUAUUUUCACAAAAUUGUACUGUAAAAACAUUGUGUACUGUUGAAGGCCUUGAUGAUGCAUGAUUCAAUAUAAACGAUUACUGCAUUCCUUAAUAAAAUGGUCUUGAAUAAUUACUGGGUUAACAAGGAU